AUGGAACCUGAUGCAAAAUUUUGUCGUUUGCCUGACCGUCGUGUUUUGUGUGUUGCAGAGGUGCGGGUGGAGUACCGCGGCGGGCUCCCGGAGCUCGUGGUGGAGCUGCCCUCGCGCAGGGAGCCCUGCUCGUUCCGGCUGCGCCCCGUGUCCCACGUCGUGGGCGACCUCGUCCACAUGCUGAAGCUGGAGGACCGCGGCAUAGACCGCGUCACCGUCCGCACCAUGGGUGGCGUCCGCAUCGGCUCUGGCAACUCGAUCGAGUCUCUGCUGCAGGACAACUUCAAGCUCCAGAUUAACGACGUCGAGUACACGGUGCGUGUGCCCCCCGUGGCCAGGUUGUCCCAGGAGCAGGCGCAGCAGAUGUCCGACGUGCGCCUGCUCGUGAUGCGGCUGUACGAGUCGCUCAACGUCCAGGAGCACCAGCUGCUCAUGGAGCGGGAGCUGCUCGCCAGGCUCGAGGAGACCAAGACGGAGCUCGCGCCCAUGGAGGAGAUUGCCCGGGAAAUUUCCACUCAAGCCGAGUCGUGGGUGGUUAUGAAAACUUUCUUCCUCCUCUUCCUAAUGGGGGCGCAGUUUGGAGUUCUAGGAAGACUGACAUGGUGGGAGUACAGUUGGGACAUAAUGGAACCGGUUACAUACUUUGUGACUUACUUCACAGCCAUGGGAUUCUAUGGAUAUUCACUUGUCACAGGACAGGAAUGUGGAUAUGAAGGAUACCGUAGCCGUUCAUUCCUCAGAGCAUUCCAUAGGUUGGCUCAGAGGAGGGGGCUUGAUGUAGCUCGAUACAAUGAAUUGAAGGCUUCUGCCUAUCAGUUAGAAAAAAUGCUGGCUAAACUACGAGACCCUUUGCAAAUUGCAAUUCAUAUUUCUUGUGUCAAAUAUCAUAACAAUUCUCCACUACAUGUGCACUAUGAUAUUUCAAUGCAAAAAAUUGAUCUGGAAUAUCUGUUGCAAAAACCGUUUUGA